CUCGGGCUCGUAGCGUUCGCGCGGUUUGUAGGUGCAGCGCGCACGUGGGUUAGUAGAAGUUUCACGACUCUUUCCGAGAGUGGUUUAGGUUUCCGGAAUUCUUCCGAACGAUGAGCACAAAGCGCAAGGCGGGCGCCGAAAACCACGGCAAGAGAAAGAAGACUCACACCAACACCAGGACCAAUAGUGUCGCAAGUGUCCUGAACCAUAAAUACGAGACACCACUUCAGUUUCUGGAGUUCCUACUUGCACCAUUGUCACUUGAGGCUUUCAUGACGAAGCACUGGGAGCAAGAGCCCUUUGUUUCACAGAGCCGUCCCAGCCAGGCAGAAUUUUGGUCACCACUUUUUGGAAAAGACCAUUUUUUUUCUUUGCUCAAAGAGAAACAAAUCUACUUUGGGAAGGAUGUCGCUGCGUGCAAAUACGAAGACGGGAAGAGGACGAACUUUCAGAGGCGUGGACGAGCCACUGAGGCUAAGAUGAGAAAGUUGUUUGAAGCCGAAAAAGCCACCUUGCAAAUCCACCAGCCACAACGAUGGGUGGACGGUCUCUGGGAAGUCCUGGAGAAACUGGAAUGCUUCUUUGGCUGCCUAGUUGGUUGUAAUGUCUACAUCACUCCUCCAUCUGCUCAAGGUUUGGCUCCUCAUUAUGAUGAUGUUGAGGUGUUUAUUGUCCAAUUGGAAGGUGAAAAAUGCUGGAAGCUUUACAAGCCACCUUUAGAGUUGCCUCGCACCUACAGCAAGGAUUUCAAGGCUGAUGAAAUCGGCCAGCCAACUCAUGAGUUUACACUCAAGCCGGGAGACUUGCUGUACAUGCCACGUGGGACCAUCCACCAGGCUUUGACACCAGAGUCUUCAGGCACUCACUCCACACAUGUCACCAUAAGCACUUACCAGAACCACACGAUAGGCGACUGUCUUAAGAGUCUAGCACCAGAUCUAAUCGAUGCUGCUCAGGACUCCUGCCUGCAACUGAGAAAAGGUCUUCCCAUGCAGUUUCUUCCACAUUUGAGGCUAACCAAGGCUGACCUGGAGGCUGCCCUUGAGGCCGUGUUGAAACACGUAAAAAGCACCGACGAUCCGAUGCCCAUCGCUGAAGAACUUGUCCACGACUUCAUGCGUACACGGCUGCCUCCUUUUGGUGUGGACCGCCAAGCCAUCUCGGAGGCGACACCAGAUGGAGAGGCACCGGGCCUGAAUGAUCGCGUCAGGUUUCGGUACCCAAGCCAUGUGACGUACACAGUGGAAGGUGACAUGAGCGAAGAUGAUGAUGAUGCUGCCAGUGAGUCUUCAUACUCACUUGCUGAACAACCACUACAGCAGAAUCAUGGCAAGAAAAUGGUUCUUCUUGUUACAUCAGUGUUUAACAACAGGGAAAAGCACAUGGUUUCUGCUGGUGAAGAAAAUGAAGAGGAGGAGGACCUCGAGAUAGCCAAGUUUCCUCUUCACUUUCUCGACGCUAUUAAAAGAUUGUGUGGCAGCAAUGAUUUUAUACAUUGUAAGGACGUCAGCUUGCCAUGUGAUGAAGACAAGCUUCUGCUGCUCACAACAUUGUGGUCUCUACAUUUGCUGGAUGUUGAGGCAUUAGCAACAUAGAAUAAUAAACAUAUUAGUA